AUGGCAUACCAAUUGCUUUCAAAUGAGGCCCAAGAUGCCAUCGCCACAGGUGCAUCAUCUUCUCGUCUUCACCAAUGGGAUCAUGUCCCAGACUCAACCUGGAAUCGCAUAUGGGCUAUAAAGACUCUCCCAAAAAUUAAAAGCUUCAUUUGGAGAGCUUGUGCCCAAGGGAUAGCAUCAGGGGAGGGUCUCCAUUCUCGGCAAGUACCAAUUGAUCCUUCAUGUUGUCGGUGUGGCACAGAAAAGGAAUCAGUUGAUCAUAUUUUGCUUGGUUGCUCUUUUGCACACUUGGUUUGGUUUGGCAGUAGCCUUUCAUACUCGCCUCUAUCAGAUCAUAUCCCAUUGCUCCAUGAAUGGCUAGGAAGUUGGGAUGCUCUAUUCCGAUCAAAUAAGAAGCUUGCCCGUGAGUCGUUUUCUAGAGCAUCUUUCCUUUGCUGGUAUCUAUGGCUUGCAAUAAAUGAUCUGGUUUUCAAUGUCAAGAUAUGGACCCCACAAGAAGUGAUAACAGUGGCGGAAAAGGCUUAUGUUGAUUCACUACAGUUAAUACAAGGGAUCAUCAACAGAAUGUAG